ACUGAUGACAGAAGGAAACAGAGAUAAAGACAGAGAGGCCGGUAGAGGAGGAAUACUGCCGCACGUGUGAAGGAACAGCAGGUGGAUUAGACAGGAACCUGGACUACAGACGAGCAUCUUUUCAGACUCCAUUUCAGGGAAGUUCCCCUUUUCUUUGGCAGAACCCGUGUGGGAGGACGUAAAGGAUGGGACGUGCACUUGUGCCCUCUUCUGCUGUGGGCCAUGAAGUGGGUCAACGCCCGAGAAGGAGCUGAAAGGAGGAGCAGAGACUGAGACAGUUUUGUCCUCCUGAAAGAGCACAAGAGGGGGACAGACCGGCUGAACUGGCUGGAAACACCAGACAGAGAUAUGCAGCAAACUAAAGAAAAUGCCCUCAGUCUGUAGCAACUGCAAACAGGCAGAGCUGAUUCUUUCAUAGUGUUGCUUGUGUGCCUUUUACAGUGUCUACACUCUAAAUUAUUCAAAUUUUAGCUAUUUAUUUUACCCUGCUGCUGGAAAUCCAGUCUGGGGAAACAACCAGAUUUUAGCUUUAGAUUUAGGCUUUUUUUAAAUGAAACUCAGCAACUCUUGGCCUCAAACUCCAAGCAUUUUAGCAUAAGGGGGGGAUCAUUUCCUCCACUCCCAUCCUCAGAAAAACAGUGCCUCCACCAUGCAGACCCCAGGACCUGAGCAUGAUGACACUUUUGAUUUCCUGUUUAAGAUCAUCCUGAUCGGGGACUCCAACGUGGGGAAGACCUGCGUGGUUCAGAAUUUCAAGUCGGGCGUCUUCUCGGAGAGGCAGCAGAACACCAUCGGAGUGGAUUUCAGCGUGCGGACCGUGGAUAUCGAGGGGAAGAAAGUGAAGAUGCAGGUGUGGGACACAGCAGGUCAGGAGAGAUUUCGCACCAUCACCCAGAGCUACUACCGCAGCGCUCAUGGCGCCAUCAUCGCCUAUGACAUCACGCGGCGCCCCACCUUUGACUCGGUGACUCACUGGAUCAAGGAGGUGGAGCUCUACGGGGCAAGCAAUGUCGUGCUGGUUGUCAUCGGUAACAAAUGUGACCUGGAGCAGGAGCGUCAGGUUCAGUUUGAGGAAGCCUGCAACCUGGCAAAUGAGAUGGGCGUACUCGCUGCUCUAGAAACAUCUGCAAAGGAGAGUCAGAACGUGGAAGAAGCCUUCAUGAUGAUGGCCAGAGAGCUGCUGGCUCGCAAUGGCCUCAAUGUCCAGCAGGGGGACUUAGAGAGCAACAGCACGCCUCGAGUCCUCCUCCGGUCCAACUCUCGGCCCGUCAAUGGCAUCGCAAGUGCCUACGCGCCACCAGAGAAGAAGACGUGUUGCUGAUUCAAGUGUGGAUAGGACAGGGGAGAUGAGAGGUGGCCGGUGUUGGACAUUAAGAGUGGACAGUGGAUGAGGAAGAGGAUGAAGGACACUUUUCAUCACUGAUGUCAGAGAAGGGGAUUAGAAGAUGCACAGAUGUGGAAUAUGACUGGAAAGGCCUCAAGGAUCAUGAACCUUUGCAUUGAGGAAGUUUAGGUGAUUAUAGGAAAGUAUUGAAAAAUCAUUGUCUGCUUUUCUGUGACUCACCUGACCUGAGAGCAUUGUUCAGAUCAGUGUUGGGUCAGGUUACACUAAGCCAACCUCAUUUAUAUCACUGAUGUAAUAUUAUCUGCACAGAAUGCUGUUGGACUGUUCCUAUUCCAAUUUUUUUAAACUUUAUAUUUCCAAACAUGAUCAAAUCUGAAUUUAAAAGCCAAUAACUCAGUAGUUACCGCAGAAUUUAAACAUUCACGCCCCACUUUGCCCAUAAAACUUUUGAAAAGACUAUUGUAGUGCAAAGACUCAGAGUAUUUCACCCAAGUGACCUCUUGUGGUGCCUCUAUGACGAGCUGUGAUCCUCUUGCUGCUGUCCUGGAGAACCUGCUAUAAGCCAGAAGACUGUGAAUUAUACAUUUUUUUUUAAAAUUAUUUCUCUCGUCACAAUCAGACACAUAAUGAUGUCUUUCAUUGUCAUGAAUGUCUAUAACGAGCUGUGAAUGUAUUCGAUUGCUGAUCGGUUAACAUGACAAAGCAGGACAAAGUUUGACCUUGUGAAAAAUAAAGGUUCUGUCGGGGGUUUGGUCAA